UGCCUCGUCUGCAGAGCGAGGAAGGGAGCGUUCUGAGAAAAAAAAAGCGAGAGAGCGCUGAGAGGCAGAGCAUGAGAGGGCUCCUCGGGCUCGGGAGGCAGCCGCCGCCGCUCCCUCUUUUCCCCGCCGGCAAGAGGGCCUCGCCGGCUGCCACCCUCCUCCUCCGCGUCCGCCGCCUCCUUCCGUCCAGCCGCCUCUUUCGUCUGCUCCUCCUCCUCGCCGCCCUCUCGCUCGUCCCUCCGGCCUUCUUCCACUUCCGCCUCCGCCGCUUCAACCGCAUGCGCGAGAGGAGUUGCGGGUGGAUCCCGAGCCCGCCGCUGGUGUGCGCGCACGGCGGCGACUCCACCAACGCGUUCCCAAACUCGAUGGACGCCUUCAGGAUGGCUCUGGAUGCCCGUGUAGACUGUGUGGAGGUGGAUGUUUCGAGGUCCUCGGAUGGCACCCUCUUAGCACUCCAUGACAGGGAUCUGCAAAGAAUGUCUGGUAAUUCUACAGCAAAAGUUGGCCACUGGAGCACUCAUGAGAUAAAAGCGGUGACCACGAGGUUUCAGCUAUCGAAAACAGUCCGAAACCAGGAAGUUCCCAAAGCAGAAGAUGCUCUAGAGUUGAUAUCACAGUCUGUAAGGCAAGUAAUUCUGGAUGUCAAAGUUGGUCCUCCUUCAUUUGAGAAAGGUUUGGCGGAAGAUGUAAUGUCUAUUAUCAGGAAAACAAACUGCAAAAAUUGUGUUAUCUGGGCAAAAAGUGACGACAUAGGAAGAGAUCUGAUCAAGUUGUCUAAAGAUGUUAUGGUUGGCUAUAUUGUUAUGAUGGAUUGGUCCACUGGCAGAAGAAUGGAGUUAGUGCGGAUUGAAGGGGCAAAAGUUGCUGGUGUAUACUAUCCUUUGAUCCACGAGAAGCUCAUGAAGGUCAUGCACAGAAAUGAUAGAAAAGUGUAUGCAUGGACUGUUGACGAUAGCGACUCCAUGAAGAGGAUGCUGUAUGAGCAGGUUGAUGCAAUUGUCACAAGCAACCCUUCACUGCUGCAGCAGCUGAUGCAGGAGAUCAGAACAGAGUGCAUGGAAGAUGGUUUUGCCUUGCCGUAGUGAUGGCUAUAAACCUCACUGCAUUUCCACGGUGAUUGCUUGUGUCUGCAUUAUAAAAGAGAAGCAUAACCAAAGAAAGGCGAUUCUGCCUCUCCCUGGAGAUUCCCCCCCCCCCUCAAUAUUUCCUAUCCAUGGAGAUUGACCAGUAACACACGUAGAUGAUUUUACGAUUGAAAUGAGUUAUGCCUCGGUACUUACUCUACCACAUAGCCAAAUAACAGUAGUUCCUAUUCAUUCAGCAUACAGUAAAAGCUAAACAAAAAUAUGAACCUGUUGUGCCAACCGAUGUACAUAUCUUCAAAGUUUGAAUAAGCGUCUGUUUUACUGUCA